CAGAUUAGUCAGUAAGGUUAAAGUCUGUCCUGUCACACGCAGCCUCCCUCAUUCCCUCAAAUGACGAUGGGUGACAUGGAUAAAGCAGAAGUCUUUGACACGGAGAGCAAGGGAAGAGGUCUGAAGACGAAGCAAGAAGUUUGGAGUGGGGAUGUGGUCUUUGCCGAGCCAGCGUAUGCUGCGGUCGUGUUCGACAACCUCAUACAGCAGGUGUGCCAUGGGUGCUUCAAGAAGCAGGGGAAGCUCCAGCGAUGCGCCCAAUGCAAGUUCGCCCACUACUGCGACCGGACCUGCCAGAGAGCAGCGUGGAUGGAGCACAAGAACGAGUGCAUUGCCAUCAGGAAGUUCGGCAAGGCGCCCAGCGAGAGCAUCAGACUGGCCUUCCGUAUCCUGUGGAGGAUGAGGAGAGAGGGAGAUGUUGUCUCUGAGGAUCGCCUCACGUCCAUUGAGAACCUGCAAGAUCAUCUGGAUGACCUCAGUGAGGAAGAGAAGAAGCAGCUGACACUGGAUGUUGGGGUCUUCCAGAAGUACUGGGACUCCAGAGAGCAGCAAGUUGGCACACAGUCCAUAUCACACAUUUUUGGAGUGAUAAACUGCAAUGGCUUUACCAUCAGUGACCAGCGUGGGCUGCAAGCCGUGGGCGUCGGAUUAUUUCCAAACCUCUGCCUUGUGAAUCACGACUGCUGGCCAAACUGCACAGUCAUGUUGAACAAUGGAAAUCAUGAUGCGGUUAACUCAAUGUUCCACACGCAGAUGAGGAUUGAACUUCGGGCCAUCCAGCAGAUCAAGGACGGGGAGGAGAUGACGGUAUCAUAUGUGGACUUCCUGAAUCUCAGUGCGGACAGGCGCAAGAUGCUCAAGCAGCAUUAUUACUUCGACUGCAGUUGUGAGCAUUGCCAAAAGGGAAUCAAAGAUGACCUGAUGCAGGGUGUCAAAGACGAAGAUGGCAAAAAGCCACCGGAAGAAACAGUGAAAGAAGUCAUUGAGUUUUCAAAGAAGACAUUGGAAAAAGUUGAGAAGGAUCGACAAGAAGGUCUCUGGGCGAAUAUUGUGAAGCUCUGCCGGGAGUGCCUGAAGAGACAGGAGCCUAUUCUGGCAGAUACAAACCUUUACAAGCUAAAGAUACUGAGCCUCGCCUCCGAAGUCCUCUCUUACCUGCAGUACUUUGAAGAAGCAGCAGGGUACGCCAAGCAGAUGGUGGAGGGAUAUCUGAAGCUCUAUCAUCACAACAAUGCCCAGUUGGGAAUGGCUCUGAUGAGGGCUGGAGUGACCCACUGGCACGCUGGGCUCAUAGAAUCCGGCCAUGCCAUGAUCUGCCAAGCAUAUGGGAUUAUCCUGGUGACACAUGGCCCAACCCAUCCCAUUACCAAGGAUCUUGAGACAAUGCGAUGUCAGACCGAAAUGGAACUUCGAAUGUUCAAGGAGAACGAAUUCCUUUACUAUCAGAUGAGAGAGGUGGCACUGAAGAAUCAGAAAAUGCAAGUCAUGGCGGAACCAGCCGGCGAAUACAUCAAGGAGCUUUUCCACAGAAGAAAAUAGGAUCCCAAAGUUUAAUCAUAUUCUGCAGACAUUUGGAACUCAUUCACGUGCUGUGACUUAUUGCAAAACAGGAAGUGCUAGAGGAACUCAGUGGGAAAGGCAGCAUCUAUGGACAGUUGAUGUUUUGGAUUGAGCGCCUUCAUUUGGACUCAUUCCUCAACCAGAAAUCUUGACUAUCCAUUACCAUCCACCAAUAAUGUCUAAUCCAUCAAGUUCCUCCAGCACUUUGUGUGCUGAUGCAGAUUCCAGUAUCUGCUAUCUCAUGUGUCUCCUUAUGGUAAAGGUGGGGAGAAGAAAAGGCUGGGAAUUAAUCACAGAUUCAGUUGAAGAACAUGACUUGUUUUAGAAAAUGGUAAUUAAAAAAUAUGGUCCUGUGGUACAAUUUCAUUCUCCUUUCUAUGCUGUAAGUUGCACUAUUUGUAACCCAGACAUGUGAAACACAGCUUAAACCAAAACAGAAACUGCUGGAGCUGAUCAGCAUGUGAGGCAGUAUCUGUGGAAAGAGGAAACAAUCAAAGUUUCAGGUCUGCUACCAUUUGUCAGAACUCAGUCAUUGACUACAUCUCUUUCCACAGAUGCUGCCUGACCUGCUGAGUUUUCCUGUUUCAGAUUGCCAGAAUUUGUGGAUUUUUAAAAAUCUUUAUUGAACACAGCUUCGCUCACUUAAAGUGAGCUUUUCAUUUACUUAUUCUGAUUAAUUUAUCGUGUGUACAUCAAAACAUACAGUAAAAUGCAUUAUUUGUGUUGACAACCAACACAGCUUUAUUAGGGAUAGUUAAUGUAGAUUUGAGCAUGGUAGUUCAUGUCUAACCAAUCUUAUAGUUUCUGGAGGAAGUUGUGAGAAAAGUUGAAGUCAUGGCAAUGGAUAUUAUCUAAUGCCUUUGGCAUGGUCCUUCAUGAAAGGUUUGUCAGGGUGCCUUAGUUGCUUGGCAUUCAGGAUGAGAUAGUAAAUUGGAUUAGGUAAUGGCUUCGCGAAGAAGGCAGAGUGUAGUUGUAGAUGGUUAACUUUCUGCCUGGAGGCUUGUGAUUAGUGGUGUGCUGUAGGGAUGGCUGCUGGCUCCAUUGUUGUUUGUCAUCUAUAUCAGAAAUCUAGAUGACAGUGUGGUUAACCGGAUCAACAAAUUUACGGGUGACACUGAGAUUGGAGGGGGUGCAGUGGACAGUGAGGAAGACUAUCAAAGCUUACAGUGGAAUCUGGACCAGCCGGAAAAAAUGGGCUGGAAAACCUCAGAUGGAAUUUAAUAUAGACAAGUGUGAAAUGUUGCAUUUUUGGAGGAUGAACCAGGGUAGGUCUUACACAGUGAGUGGUAGGGCACCGAGAAGGGCAAUCGAACAGAGGAAUUUGGGAAACAGCAUUCAUAAUUCCUUGAAAGUAGUGUCACAGGUAGAUAGGAUUGUAAAGAAAGCUUUUGGCACAUUGGCCUUCAACGUAUUGAGCACAGGAGAUGGAGUGUUAUGUUGAGGUUGUAAAAGGCAUUGGUGAGACCUAAUUUAGAGUAUUGUGCCCAGUUUUGGUCACCUACCAAAAGGAGGAGGAACAUGAAGGGGAACAUCUUCAGGUGGUGAGAAUGUGCUGCCAGCACAAGUGAUGGAUGUGGGCUCGAUUUUCACAUUUAAGAGAAAUUUGGAUAGGUACAUGGGUAGGAGGGAUAUGGUCCAGAAGCAGGUCAAUGGGACUAGGGAGAUGAAUGGUCUGGCACAGAAUAGAUGGACUGUCGUGUUCAAUGACUCCAUAACUACUUAGGGAUGUGCUGGGAACAACCUGUAAAUGUCACACAUUCCGGCAUGAACAUAGCAUGCCAAAGUGCUCGACAGAACAACACAGAACACAACAUAACAGGACACAACAAGCCUCUUCCCUCCUUCCCACCAGCUCCCACCCAUAGACAGUUGUUUCACUCACUUUAAUACAUUCAGAUUUCAGAAGUGGAGUUCAGCAUGCAACAAUAAGACGUUAAUAUAAGCAUCAGAGAACAGAUUUCUACUCCUCUGUCCCAAAGAAUUAUUUAGAAAACAUGACUUGAAAUUUUCCCUCACUUGUGACAUUUUGUAUUUGCUCAUAACUUAUUGAAUCUCGGUCACAAACCACAAAUUAGAAGACAUAAGAGCAGAAUUAUCCACUCGGCUCAUCGAACCUGCUCCACCAUUCCACCAUGACUGAUUGAUUAUCCUGCUUAAGCCUAUUAUCCUGCUUUCUCCCGUAACUGACACCUUUACUAAUCAAGAACUGAUCAGCCUCUGCUUUAAACAUUUGAAAUAGUGAGGCCUUCACAGUCAUCUGUAGCAAUGAAUUUCAGAGAUUCAUCACCCUCUGGCUAAAGAACUUCCUUCUGUUCUAAAGGGACAUCCUGGUUCAACUAUAUUUUUUCUAGAAAAAAAUAUUUCAAGCAGAAAUAUCACUUGUCGAAAAUGAACCAAUCAGUAGUUCAUUUCAGUCUGGGCGAACUACCCAUUUAGUGCUGUAGACCACAAAAAAGAUCAAAACAGAAGGGAUUUCUGGGUAAAUAUUUACAGAACUUUGGGUUUAAGCAUCAUUGUCAACUUGGGUCUAAGUGAAUUCAGUGUAAACUUAAUGAGCACAAGACAUGGAAAGUGGAGGAAAAUGUGAUUACUGUAGAUUGGUAAGGAUGGUCAGCAUGGAAGUAUCAAAGGGCCCAUAUAGAGCAUACAUCUCUCUCAAUAGUCCAGUGCCAAAAUUAGUCAGUUCUCUCUGUACCAAUUAAAUUGCACUCAUCCUGUUUUCCUUCUGACAUUCUACUUCCACCCAGCUCCACCAGGGGUCAGUUACAGGACUCAGUUAACCCAAGAACCUGCACAGCUUUGGGAUGCCAGAGGAAAUGCCUGUGAUCACAGGUAGAACAUGUAAAAUCCACAUAGGCAAUGCCAGAGGCCGGGACUGUAUCUAGUUUAUAUGGAGAUGCAAGAUAGCAGCACAAAUACUGUGUCACGUGCAUUUGGUCCUGCAUAAGGACGGCUUAUCAUCCUCCAGCAGGUUUGAAGGCAAAUACAAAAAUAAAAGGUCUAAUCUCUCCCCCCCUAUCCAAACCCAUUUUGUCAAUGAAAUAAAUGGGCAUGAUCAGCUACUCAAAUUGGUGCUUGAAUUUAUUUUCAUUAAGGAUUAAAACAAGGUUUUUGUUUUGUGAUGCUGUGGACUUCUCACUUAAUGUCAAUGAGCAGACUAGAAUAAAUGAAAAGCUACCAGGGUGUAAUUUGGUGUUUGCGUCUUUAGUAAAAUGUGUGAGAUCUUGCAUCUAUUUCCAAUACCUUGAAUAAAAGACAAC